AAUGGAUAGAAUGUCAAGGCAAAACACUCUAUUACACACUUAAGGUUGCCUUCCUCUUCAAGCCUGAAGCUUGAACAACCAUUUACACAAGGCAUAUAAUUUUGUUAAGAUGGGUUGCUGGUCUGCUGAAUAUGCGACUAAGGCUUAUCUAAGAACCAUCAAAAUGGGAUCAAGUGAUAAAGAACCAAAUGUAGCCGAGUUUAUCUCAGCACUGUCUGCAGGAAAGAAUGCACAACUGAUGGUGGUUGCUUGUGCAACCAGAGCAGGCUCGCCAGCACUUGGACUAGUAGCUGCAGCUCAUCAAACUGGAGGAAGAGUUAUCUGCAUUGUAAGCAGUGAAGAAGAGCUUCAAUUGUCGAUAGACAUACUUGGCUGCAAUGCCACUCAAGUUGAGUUUGUUGUUGGGGAACCUCAAACUUUGCUGUCAAGCGAAUACAGCAAGGCGGAUCUUGUAGUCAUAGACUGCAAUCUUGAAAACCAUGAGGAUAUUUUUAAAGCUGUGCAAAUAUCAGCUGAGAGGAGAAAGAUGAGUACAACUGUAUUAGGUUACAAUGCACUCUGUAAGAAUUCUUGGCAGUGGGGUGGCUCCGAGACCCAUCUUUUGCCCAUCGGUGAAGGGCUGCUAAUGACUACUAUAGCAGCAAGAGGGGAAUCCAGUGGACAUGAAAAUGGUUGUUCAGGGAAGAGAAGUCGUUGGAUAGUUAAAGUAGAUAGGUGUACAGGUGAAGAGCAUGUAUUCAGGGUCAGGUCAUCUCAUAGAAGAGCAGUAAUUAAGGCAUAGAUUCGACUGAUAUGCUUCAUAUAACAGCAAGAUGUUAUAGUAGCAUCUUAGAGUCUGAUCAUAUCAGUGGCAGUGUAACUAGCAGAUAUUAUUCUGGCAUUUUUUAUGUUUGAAGAUCAUACCAAGCUAGGUCUUGAAUUGGUUUCUCCAAUCAGAUCUGAAGUUGCCCAUACCAUAAAUAGAAAUCAGAGUUUUUAUGAGAACUAUGCAUGACUCAUAAGGACUGCCUGAAUUAUGUAAAUCUAUAUACUUCUCUCUUUAUUA